AAAACUAAAAACGACUAGCCUGAGAGAACUGGAGGUCCGACAGAGACAGAAGUGAGAAUGAGCUUGGCACUUCUUCAAGGCUAUUCUUCCGCGGAAGAAGAAGAAGUAGACGACCCAAUUCACUUCCCCAACUCCUCCGAGGACGACGGCGACGACGAACGUCCCCGCCGUCCUUUCAGCGCCGGCUCUUCCCUCGUCGAUGUGCCCAAGCCGUCGUCCAAUUCGUCGGGUCUUCCUUCUGCUUUCGAUGCCUUCUCCGAGAUUGUAGGACCGCCAGAGUUUCUUAAUAAUAGUGUGGAAGAGCAGCCUUCAGCAAAGGAGAUCGAGCAGCAAAGGCAUGGCAGGCGUAGGAGAAGUAGAGAUAAGAAAGAUACGCCUGUUGGUGCUGUUUUGGAGUCUAAACCCCAGCUGGUUGGCAUUCAUGAACGUGUAAGAAGUGAUAUCGAGGGUAGCCAACCUCCAACAGCGUCUGUUUCAACCAUGGUGAAAGAUGCUAAGCAUGUGGCAACUGCAACAAAUCCAAACGCAGAGGAUGCUGCAGAACUAUUGAGAAUGUGUUUGCAGUGUGGUGUACCCAAAACAUACUCGAGUGCACGAGGGAUGGUAUGCCCGGUAUGUGGAGAUCGUCCUCCCACUGACCCAAACAAGGAGCCCAAGAAGAAGGGAUCUGCCAUAAAAGAUAAGGAGAAGAGUAAGAGGAUGAAGGGUCAGUCUUCUCACGCCACUUGGAAAAGCGAAACUGAGAUGCAGCUCCGGCAGCAGUUUGAUUAGCGAAAGAACCCGCCUGUUUUGUUAGUUUGCCUUUGACCAUGUACGAUACGGUUUGUGGUCGAAGUAUAGUUGUAUUUUUUAGAGAUCUCAUAGCUCCUCAUCAUUUAAGAGUUGUUAUAAUUAUGACCGGGCAAUGUAGUUGUGGACUUCGGUUAAGCGCUAUCCGUAAAUGUGCCUUGCAAAAA